AUGAGCAACACGAUAAGCCGACCGAGAGCGUUUAGAGCUAGCUUAACAGCUUUGAAAAGCGCCGGCGUGGAAGGGGUCAUGAUGGACGUUUGGUGGGGAAUAGUAGAAAGAGAAGGGCCCGGAAGAUACGACUGGUCGGCAUACAAAGAGCUAGUUUCGCUCGUCAAAGAAGCUGGGCUCAAGGUCCAGGCGGUGAUGUCUUUUCACCAGUGUGGAGGCAACGUGGGAGACCAUUGCAUGAUACCGCUACCUCCGUGGAUCCACGAGGCAAUAGACAAGAACAACGAUAUUGUCUACACGGACCGGGCCGGACGAAGAAACAGAGAGUACCUUUCGCUGGGUUGCGACGACCUUCCAGUUCUUCAAGGUCGGACGCCCAUUCAAGCUUACAGCGACUUCAUGAGGAGCUUCAGGGACGCGUUCUCGGAAGACCUCGGUUCCGUUAUUACAGAGAUACAAGUUGGCAUGGGUCCUGCUGGCGAAGUGCUUCGGUACCCCUCGUAUCCAGAGGGUAACGGGAUGUGGCAAUUUCCAGGAAUUGGCGAGUUUCAGUGCUACGAUAAGUACAUGCUUUCGAGCUUGAGAGCAGCCGCCGAAGCCAACGGCAAGCCUAAUUGGGGACUCGGAGGUCCGCACGACUCUGGCUACUACAAGCAGUGGCCUCAAGAAACAGGCUUCUUUCACGAGUUCGGCAAUUGGAACUCACAAUACGGACACUUCUUUUUGCAGUGGUACUCUGAGAUGCUAAUUCAACAUGGCGACCGAGUGCUUUCCUCAGCUUCAUCAAUUUUCCGUGGAACCAACACGUCUAUCUCGGGCAAGGUGGCAGGUAUCCACUGGCACUACGGCACCAAGUCGCAUCCACCAGAGCUCACAGCGGGCUACUACAACACCAUUUUUCGUGACGGUUACAUUCCGCUGGCACGGAUGUUUGCCAGACAUGGCGCUGUGCUCAAUUUCACAUGCAUUGAGAUGAAGGACGCGGAGCAGCCAUGGUAUGCCCUGUGCAGUCCGGAGGGGCUACUCCGGCAAGUGGCACAUGCAGCACAUGUGGCGGGCACAAGGGUCUCAGGAGAGAAUGCUCUGCCUCGGUUCGACGAGGGAGCCUUCAAUCAGAUUGUGUGGAAAUCGAGGUUGCAGUUCGAUGGCUUCUCCCAUGAGGCUCCAAUGUCGUCGUUCACAUUCCUGCGCAUGAACGAGUGCUUGUUUCGGCCGGACAACUGGCGCAACUUCGUGAUGUUUGUUCGGCACAUGCGCGAAGGUCGGACAUUUGCUCCUUGGGACGAGCGCCACAGACACUCCCAUGCACAACUGCACGCCACAGGGUCUCUCACACAAGCAGCAGCCGCUCUGAUGCUACAAUAG